AUGGAACACUUCAGGGAUUCUGCAGCCCCUUUAAAGAUCGCCUCAAAUCUGGUCUCUCCUGGUCAUUUUCUCUUCCAUUCUAAAAAACCAUCGGGGCCACCGGCUUCCAAAGUUCCACAGAAAAUGGACAAGUCUCAGCAGCCCAGUUCCUUCCAGCAACUGGAAAAGCUCGGCGAAGGCACUUAUGCUACUGUCUUUAAAGGGCGCAAUCGCCAAACCGGUGAAAUGGUGGCGCUGAAGGAAAUUCACUUGGAUUCCGAGGAGGGGACACCCUCAACUGCAAUCCGUGAGAUCUCCCUCAUGAAAGAGCUGAAGCACGAGAGUAUCGUCUCGCUCUACGAUGUCAUCCACACGGAAAACAAACUCAUGCUUGUUUUUGAGUUCAUGGACAGAGAUUUGAAGAGAUAUAUGGACACUCGCGGUGACCGUGGGCAGCUGGAUCCUGCCACGGUCAAAUCCUUCAUGCACCAGCUACUCAAGGGCAUCGCCUUCUGCCACGACAACCGAGUCCUCCACCGCGAUCUGAAGCCACAGAACCUCCUGAUCAACAAGAAGGGCCAGCUCAAGCUGGGUGACUUUGGAUUGGCUCGCGCAUUCGGUAUUCCGGUUAAUACAUUCUCCAACGAAGUCGUCACACUGUGGUACCGCGCACCGGACGUCCUCCUCGGGAGUCGCACCUACAACACCAGCAUUGACAUCUGGUCCGCUGGCUGCAUCAUGGCAGAGAUGUACACGGGCCGUCCGCUUUUCCCCGGCACCACCAACGAGGAUCAAUUGAUCAAGAUCUUCCGUCUGAUGGGCACACCAUCCGAACGUACAUGGCCCGGCAUCUCCCAGCUGCCAGAAUAUAAGUCCGACUUCCAGAUCUACGCCACGCAGGAUCUGUCGCUGAUCGUCCCUCAAAUGGAUGCUAUCGGGAUGGAUCUGCUGAACCGUAUGCUGCAACUCCGUCCGGAGAUGCGCAUCAGCGCCAACGAGGCCCUGCAGCACCCGUGGUUCCAUGAUCUGCCUCAGAUCCAGGCUAAAUUGCAGCAGCAACACCAGCAGCAGCAGAUGGCUGGAUAUGGAGGCAUGAUCCCCCCCGCAGCCCGCUUAUUAGCGGUCUAG